AUGACAUUCAAAUCACCUUCCUUCGUGCCCUCACUCCCCAAUGUGCCAGACACGGUAUCAUUACCCGAAUUCAUGUUCGAUGAACAGCACGGGCGGUCUCCCAUCACCACGUCUCUAGAUGCUUACACUUGUGGUCUCACCGGCCGGAGUACAUCUGCCCAGGAACAGAAGUCUAGGGUAGGUUAUCUUGCUCGAGCGCUUUCGAGGGAGCUAGGAUGGGGUGUGAACGAGGGCUCUGAGUACGACAAGGUCGCUUGCAUCUUUGCUUUAAAUACGAUCGAUAUAAUGACGCUCAACUGGGCAAUCCUCACUGUCAAUGGUGUUUCCUCUCCUGCCAACGCGGCCUACUCAGUCGAGGAACUGCGGCAUCAAUUAGUGUUCUCUGGAUGCAAAGCUCUAUUCACGGUAAUGCCAUUACUACCGAUUGCGUUGCGAGCGGCUACUUUGGCAAACCUACCUCACGGGCGCAUCUACGUUUGUGAGAUGCCUGGCGACGGUGCAAUUCCGCGCCAGUACAAAACGAUAUCCCAACUUGUCGAGAUGGGCAUGCAGCUGUCCGAGUUGGAGCCCAAUAAAUGGACCCAGGGCCAAGGAGCACGUCAGACGGCGUUCCUAUGCUACAGUAGCGGCACCUCAGGGCUUCCGAAAGCUGUUAUGAUAUCCCAUCGAAAUGUGAUAGCCAACACCAUCCAGAGCUGUACGUUUGAGAAGGCAAGUCGCGAUACCAGGGGCUCUGAAUAUCGAGAUGUCGCACUCGGGUUACUACCACAGUCUCAUAUUUAUGGCCUGGUGAUUAUUGCACAUGCUUCAACCUGGCGAGGCGACCAAGUCAUUAUCCUUCCAAAAUUCGAGCUUAAAAGCUAUCUGAAUGCAAUUGCCAGAUACAAGAUCAACACACUCUACCUAGUGCCACCCAUCGCCAUUAGCAUGGCAAACAACGAGAUAAUCAUGCAGUCGUAUGACCUCAGCUCGGUGCGACAAAUAUUUUCAGGUGCCGCCCCACUGGCGAAAGAGAUUGCUGAACAAUUGCUGUGCCGGCAUCCUAGCUGGGUUAUUCGGCAGGCAUAUGGUCUCACAGAGAGUGCCACAGUAGUAACAUCGACCAGCCCACAUGACAUCUGGCAAGGCUCGUCGGGGUGCCUGCUGCCUGGCUGCGAGGUGAAGCUGAUCGAUACCGAGAGCGGGAGAGAGAUUACGGGCCAUGGAGAAGCUGGUGAGAUAUUAGUCAGGUCGCCUGCUGUGGUACUCGGAUAUUUGAAGAACGACAAAGCUACGCAAGCCACCUUUGUCGAUCUUCCAAGUGGCCGCUUUCUCAAAACUGGUGACAAAGGCGAGUUCCGGUUGUCACCCAACGGUGGAAACGAACACCUGUGGAUCGUUGAUAGGAUCAAAGAGCUUAUCAAAGUCAUGGGACAUCAAGUAGCGCCAGCAGAACUUGAAGCCUGUCUUCUCAAUCAUGUUGCGGUUGCUGAUUGUGCCGUCACCUCCGUGCCUGACAACAAAGCCGGGGAGAUUCCAAAGGCAUAUGUGGUAAAAUCACAGAGCGCUCUGUCCUCGAAUGAGAGCGAUGAGAAACUCAAGUUGGAUAUCCUGGAGUACGUCCAAGGGGAGAAGGCUCGAUAUAAGUGGAUCACGGGCGGCAUUGAAUUCCUCGAUGCUAUACCAAAAUCUCCGUCGGGAAAGAUCCUCAGAAGAUUACUGCGUGACAGAGAACAGGAGAGGAGACGAGCGUCCAGUGCCAGACUCUAA